UACUACGUGUUAGGACUGGUGCCUUUAAUUUACAAGCAUCUCGGGGAGAGGAGGAGGAGGAAAAAACAGUACUUUCCCCCGGCUCUUAUCUGGAAGAAUUAAGCAGAAACACAUCCGUCGCAAGUUCGUCAACUUCAAACUCUAACCCGCAGGUUUCCUUCGUAUUUCCCGACUUGGAUUAAGUUCUGCAUGGAAACAAAUGAUAUUUGAGAGGAGCGGCGAGAGGAGGUGGGUGUCGGGUAAAAACCCGUGUUUCUCUCCUUGUUCUUUUAUGCAUGGAUCUGCGAUACAAGGCGGCUUGACUUCUAAAGUUGAAAAAAAUAGUCCUAAUUGUUGCUGCCGCUAAAUGAUAUAAACCUCCGAAUUUAACAGAGGUCCUAAAGGUUUGAUCCGGGAAUAAAAUAAAGUCUUAAGAACAAGACUGGAAAUAGUGGGAAAACAAACAUAUGUGAUAUUACAAUAAUGGCGUUAAAGGCCAAAGUUUUGUACGACUUCCACUCUGAAAACCCAGGAGAGAUCUCCAUAACAGAGAAUGAGCUGGUCAAUCUGUUCAGCGAGGAGGAGCUGGACGGCUGGCUGGAGGGGGAGAACAGCAGGGGGGAGGCUGGCCUCUUCCCUGCCUCCUAUGUGGAGAUCAUCAGGGACAACAUUACCUCCAACACCAACAACAACGGCCUCUCCUCGCCCAAAACCAAAGCUGUGACGCCCACACACACCUCCUACACGUCCCCGGAGUCUCAGAGAGGACUCGGGGCUGGCAGUGGCGGCAGUGGUGGAGGCAGCUUCCACACCAGCCAGGGCAGCGAUGACGACUGGGACGACGAUUGGGAUGACAGCUCUCCAACUGAUGCGCCUCAGGGUAUGGGCACCUCUCCCCCCUUGUACCCCGUCACCACCACCUUGCCCGGGCGGCGCGAAAGCUCCCAGCAGCAGCAGCAUCAGCAGCAGGCCAAGAGCUCAGCAACAGUGGGGAGGAACCUCAACAGGUUCUCCACCUUUGUCAAGUCUGGAGGGGAGGCCUUCCUGCUUGGGGAGGCCUCUGCUUUCGUGAAGGACGGGGACAGGAUCUGCGUGGUGAUGGGCAAGCACGGACCUGAGUGGCAGGAGGACCCGUAUCCGUUCAUGUGCACCAUUGAUGACCCCACCAAGCAGACCAAGUUCAAAGGCAUGAAGAGCUACAUGUCCUACGGCCUGACCCCGACGCACACCAAUGUACAAGUCAACCGCAGGUAUAAGCACUUUGACUGGCUGUACGCUCGGCUCGUUGAGCGCUUCCCGGUCAUCUCGGUGCCCCACCUUCCCGAGAAGCAGGCCACUGGCCGCUUCGAGGAGGACUUCAUCUCCAAGCGGAGGAAGGGACUGAUCUGGUGGAUGAACCACAUGAUCACCCAUCCAGUGCUGGCACGCUGCGACGUUUUCCAGCAUUUCCUUACAUGCGGAGCAGACGAGAAGGCCUGGAAGAUGGGCAAAAGGAAGGCCGAGCGAGACGAGUUGGUCGGUUCCAAUUUCUUCCUGACGAUCAGUACCCCUGCCGUCCCGCUGGACUUACAGGAAGUUGAGAGCAAGAUCGAAGGCUUCAAAUCCUUCACCAAGAGGAUGGACGAGAACAUCGUGGUUGUGAACGCUACCAUCAACGAGUUUGCUCGUAAACAGAUAACAGGCUUCAAAAAGGAGUACCAGAAAGUGGGACAGUCCUUUGCUCUCCUCGGGCAAGCGUUCGAGCUGGACCAGCAGGCCUACUCGGCAGGUCUGAACCGAGCCAUCGCCUACACCGGCGAGGCCUACGAGCAGGUGGGGGAGUAUUUCGCUGAGCAGCCGCGCAAUGACCUGGCUCCUAUUUCUGACCUGCUGGACCUCUACAGAGGACACCUGGCCAACUUUCCUGACAUCAUCCAUGUGCAGAAAGGUGCACUGACCAAGGUGAAAGACUGUCCAAAGCAGGAAGGCGAGCUCCACGAUCGCUGCAACAUCAUUUCUUGCGCCACACUGGCAGAGAUCCAGCACUUCCACCGCACACGCGUACGGGACUUCCGCUCGCAGAUGCAACACCACCUCCAAGAGCAGAUCGGCUUCUUCCAGAAGAUCACCGCCAAGCUGCAGGACGCACUUCAGAAAUAUGAUGACGACCAGUAGGAAGAGAGAGAGAGAGAGAGAGAGAGAGAGAGAGAGAGAGAGAGAGAGAGAGAGAGAGAGAGAGAGAGAGAGAGAGAGAGAGAGAGAGAGAGAGAGAGAGAACAGAACAGUUUGACUACAAAGACUUUGAGGAAAUGAGGAGGGGUGUAGCAGUCAUGGAGGAUAGAUGGAUUCUUCCUUUCAGUACUGGAGACCAUCUUAUGGCCCUUUUAAGAGAGAACACUUUGUCAUGCGGUGAAUUCUGGGCCUCGUACGAGCAUUGAAAGAAAUUAACCACCUAAAAAAAAAGACGUCUGGACCGUAGAAUGACAACUUCUUGGAUUAUCUGGACGGCUCUGAUGAAUGUACCAGGAUUUUGCUGACGCUCGGGGCACAUGUUGCAACUCAGCGGGACUGCAAUAUUAAAACCAGCUGUUUUCAUUGUGACAGGACAGCCUUUCCAUCCCCGGUUUCAGGGUCACGUGAUCUCUCCAUGCCUCCUCUGCCUCGUGGAAAAUCUCCAUUCAGGAACAUACCACAGAAUGUAGACGUGAAACUCUCUGGAUGUUUUAAUGAUUGAAAGACAGGCCUUUUAUGAUUAUCUCUUAUAUUUGUCUGACUGUUUUUACUUGAAUGACCGGUUCAGUAUUGUUUCGAUGGAACACAACAGAUGGUUUGGGAAUACGCAAAGUGGUUGAAUCUCCUCCGCUGAAUUUGAUUUAAGUGUUGGAUUCUCCCAAUUAAGUUACGGUCACAUCAUUACAAUAUUAUAAUUUGAAGCCCUUUUGUAAUGUUCGGUAUUUGAGUUAUCUUGCCAGACCUCGAAUAACAGAAACUGAGUUUUGUGACAGAUUAUUUGCUUGUUUUGAGAAGCUUCUCCACAGCUCUUUCUUGUCGAGCCCCUGCAGGCCUUGGGUUAUUAAAACUUGAAGUCCACAUCUGUCUUUCUGCUUUCUGUCAAUCAGGGUAGCUCAGAGGUCAGGCUCAGGGUACAGAUGGAUGCUUCCAGGAAAUAAGGCUUUGAAUCCAGAACUUUAAGUUAAGAUGUGUAGACUUUUAAUGGGAUUAUAGAAUAUUUCACAUUCUCCAGAGGGCAUAUUUGUUAACUAAAGAGGCAAAAAGAACAAAGGUGUUCUGGUGAUCUAUUUUCUAUUUCAAGUAAAAGGUUUUGAGCCUGUUGCUUUUAUUGUUUUUUUAAUGUUGUAAUUCCAAUGUUGCCCACAAGAGGCUGAAGCGCACAUGUUCUAAACAUGAAUACAUAAUUCUGUUUUCUUUUAGGCAUAAUUUGCAAACACAAUUAAUGUACAUUCUGUUUAGAUUCAUGGAGAAAUGGAUCACCAGAUUUCUUUUCUUUCAUUUGCGUCAUUAGGCUUCUGUAGUUUAAGACAAUCUUUGUACAAAUCUGUUCAUUUCAACCUUUUCUGUCUUUUUGGACAUUUGAGAUUCGACACAGUAGCUUUAAUGACGCUUGCUCUUGUUGUUAUGCUAGCUACUCUGAAACAUUCUUGUUAAACUCAUAAGUAACCGAAAUGAGCUCACUGAAAACACAUUUUUGUGCUGCUCAUUUUAUAGAAUGUCUGGUAAAUAUUGUUACAUCACAUAUGAUUUCACAUUCCUUUAAUGGGAUACCACAAAGGCUCUUCACCAUCAUGUGAGUCACUAUGAUUGAACAGUUAUAACACUUUAAAUGUAAUUCAUUGGAACAACAUUUUGUUCGUUAAUAAAUUAAAGUAGAAUUUAUUUAAUCAUA